AUGGGCAACAGCACGUCCCGGGUCGUCGGCUGCUUCGCGCCGCCCGACAAGGCCGGCGGCGGCGUCGACCUCGACUUCCUCGAGCCGCUCGACGAAGGGCUCGGCCACUCCUUCUGCUACGUCCGCCCGGGCGCCGUCGCCGACUCGCCCGCGAUCACGCCCUCCAACUCCGAGCGCUACACGCUCGAUUCCAGCGUCAUGGACUCGGAGACCCGCAGCGGGUCCUUCUGCCACGAGCCCGCCGCCGACGACCUGGCCGCCGGGCUGCAGCGGCCCUGCAGGAGCUUCGGCGAGACCACCUUCCGGACCAUCUCGGGGGCCUCCGUCAGCGCCAACGCGUCCUCCGCCAGGACGGGCAACCUCACCGUCUCCCUCGCCGCCGGUGCCGCGGGGGCGGGGCCGCUCAACACCUUCCUGUCGGGGCCGCUGGAGAGAGGAUUCGCGUCCGGCCCGCUGGACAAAGGCUCCGGCUUCAUGUCUGGGCCAUUGGACAAGGGAACCUUCAUGUCAGGUCCAAUCGAUGCUGGCAGCAGAAGCAACUUCUCAGCACCUCUUUCCUAUGGCCGGAGGAAGGCUCGUUUGGGGCUUCUUGUACAUAGGAUUAGCGGACCCAUGAAAACCGCAUUGUCCAGAACAUUCAGCAGGAGCUCACAGAAUCCAGGCUGGGUUCAGAAGUUUCUGAUGCAUCCUAUGGCUCAACUGCCCUGGGCAAGGGACGCAAAGUCCAGAUCAGAAGGCUCGCAGAAUGGGUUGGAACCUGGGAUACCUGAACCUGAGUAUAGUGUGACAAGGAACCUUCAGUGGGCUCAUGGAAAGGCAGGGGAAGAUCGGGUUCAUGUUGUUCUAUCUGAAGAGCAAGGAUGGCUGUUCAUUGGAAUUUAUGAUGGUUUUAGUGGCCCUGAUGCACCUGACUUUCUAAUGAGCAAUCUAUACAAGGCCAUUGAUAAAGAACUGGAAGGACUGCUCUGGGUUUACGAAGACAGCUCUGAAAGGUGUGACCAUGUAUCUAAUCUUGAAGAGGGUGAAUCAGUUGCUGCUUCUGUGAAUGCUUCUCAUGAUGAUACUGGCCAGUUCCAGAGUGACAAUGGGAAACAAGAACAACUUGGUAAUUUUGGAAAACAAAAUGUCUUGCCUGGAAAGGGUGGUGAUGAAAGUGCCUUGCAAGUUCAACCAAACUGUACCAGCUGUGAAGAGAAAGAUUUGGCUGCACAGGAUUCAAGUAGUGAGAAGUUGGGCAGGGAUGAGAUAGUUGAGGAAAUGGCUGGAGCUGAUCUGGGAAAUGAUCUCCAAAGUAGAGAAUCCCACAACUCGAACAGAGGUCUUUCAGGCACUGCAGAAGGGAGCUCAAGAAACACAGCUGAGAUCUCCAGGUGUUCAUUGGCAGCAACUGGAGAAUGUUUCGAUGAUUCUGAAGAUCUUGGAAGUUCAAGACAUGCUGAUAGUGUACUUGGCACAGAUCUUAAAGAGUGUACAGGGUGUUCAGUAUCUACAUCUUCAUCAGGGCACAAGCAAGUUACUGAGAAGAUUUGUAUUCGGAUCAAAGUUGAGGAAGAUGUACAAAAAGCAAAAAUGUUGCAGAAGAAGUUUUUCCCAUGGAACUACGAUUGGCACAGAGAUCAACCUCAUGUUGAUGAAACUGUUAUAAAAUCUUCAGAAGUCACUAGGAGAUGUAAGUCAGGGCCAGUAGAGCAUGAUGCUGUAUUGAGGGCAAUGUCACGGGCACUUGAAAUGACAGAGGAAGCGUACAUGGAAAUUGUGGAAAAGGAGCUUGAUAGACAUCCAGAGCUUGCAUUAAUGGGUUCGUGUGUCCUUGUAAUGUUGAUGAAGGACCAGGAUGUAUAUGUCAUGAAUCUUGGGGAUAGCCGAGCUAUAUUGGCACAUGACAAUGAUCAGUACAAUAGCUCAAGUUUCUCAAAAGGAGAUUUACGACAUCGAAACAGGUCAAGGGAGUCACUUGUCCGUGUCGAACUUGAUAGGAUAUCGGAAGAGUCGCCGAUGCAUAAUCCUAACAGACACCUAAACAGCAAUACAAAAGCUAAGGAACUCUCAAUAUGUAGAUUAAAAAUGAGAGCGGUGCAACUGUCAACUGACCAUAGCACGAGUAUCGAGGAGGAAGUCUUGAGGAUUAAAGUAGAACAUCCUGAUGAUCCCCAAGGUGUCUUUAAUGAUAGAGUAAAGGGACAGCUGAAGGUUACUAGAGCAUUUGGUGCUGGUUUUCUAAAGAAGCCAAAAUUUAACGAGGCACUACUUGAGAUGUUCCGCAUCGACUAUGUUGGAACAUCACCAUAUAUCAGCUGCAACCCUGCUGUACUUCACCAUCGUCUCUGCGCAAAUGAUCGGUUUCUUGUACUGUCGUCAGAUGGAUUGUAUCAAUAUUUCAGCAAUGACGAGGUAGUUUCACAUGUGUUGUGGUUCAUGGAAAAUGUACCAGAGGGAGACCCAGCGCAAUACCUUGUAGCUGAACUUCUUUGUCGUGCAGCCAAGAAGAAUGGAAUGAAUUUUCACGAGUUACUGGAUAUCCCCCAGGGUGACCGCCGGAAAUACCAUGAUGAUGUUUCUGUUAUGGUAAUCUCACUUGAAGGAAGAAUCUGGCGAUCUUCUGGAUGA